AAAUAUCUUUGUCAUCAAUAAAAAGAAGUGCUCAUCUAUACAACUCUGCAGUGAUAUUUACAGAACAAGGGUGCAUUUGAAAUAGAUUUUAGAUAUAUGAAACUAAUAUUUACCAGUUAAUUAGCAGUCAUUAUACGCUUUUAUAGCAAAAAAGAUAUGGCCUAUUGAAGGAAAUUGUGUUUAUAUUUUUUGAACAGCAAAUACGUUCCUUAUACAUAGUUGUAAUCUAAUUAUCUACUAUUAAAAAUAUUCCUUUAUUUUACAAAAUAUUUUUUGUCCGUUAAAGAAUACAACCUCAAUGAAUUAUACUCAGUAAUGCGACGAUAGGUCGACUCUUUUUGCAUACUGAAUACAUAAUAUGUAAAGCGCAGGUUAACUAAAAUUCUCUGACUCAUAGAGUAGCCUUCAAGCACCUUAAAUAAAAUAGGCAUUUGUCCCGUUGUCUGUAUAAAUCUAAAAUUUUAAAAUUAAUUAGUUGCCUCUGUUUUUUCUUUACUAAUACCUUUUACUAGUAAGGGCAGAAAUGUGAGGAAAGUAGGGCAGGAAUAAAACUAUUAAUCUGAAAUCUAAGCUUUAGACCGAUACUAAAAAUAGAACAAGAACUGUUAUUGAUAUUUUCAACAAUUUGUAAAACACAAUGCUUUUGGUUAGCAGAAUUUAUCUUUUACAGCUGUAUUUUGCAAAAGAUUAUUUCCAACCUAUGGCUGUUGAGUUUUAAACUAGACAAUUAGGUCGUCUAUUGCUUAUAGAGCUAGAAUAUGCAUUCAAGUAUGCCUGCGAGUUAUAGAGAAGGUAAUACGAUCUCUUUUUUUUUCCUGCUACUACUUUUGCAAUUGUUCAUAGCUAAAAGCUUGGCAUUUGGGCCAUCUGUUCAAGGCAAACUUUCUAAUUUUCGACAAAUUUUUCGCCACAGUACUAAAAGUUAUGAAGUCGAGACUGAAUGUUAUCAAAACGUAAACAUCGAUUGGCAAGCAGAGUUAAAUUCGAAAAUCACAAACACGCCAAUUAUUGGACAUUUAUUCAAGUAAUGUUACAGGCCCCUUUGCGAUAUGCUGAUUUUUAUAUAGCUUGACUUACCUAUUUAUCUAUUUUAAAUAUCACCAAAUAGUGAUGGAAAAAAACAGAUAAUCUUGACAAAACCUAACAUGGUUGAGGUUUUGGAUGCUGAAGUAGGCAGACGCUUACCGGGAUGGCCAUUUAGCUUCAGUUCUGUUACUAUAGCCUCUAGCCCACUUCUCUAUGACAUCGAUGGAGAUGGUUACGACGAAAUCGUGGUUUCGACUAAAAGUGGAGAAAUUGUAUUCCUUACUCGCUGGGGAGAGGUAGUCCACAAUUUUACUUUAAAGCUUCCCAAAUUAGAAAUCAAAAAACUUUGGCGCGCAAACAUGACGAAUCAAAUUUUGGACAGCCAUUAUUUAGAUUUAACAGCAGGCACCUUAAUAGAGUAUACACGAGGACAGUUAAAAAAAAAUGCAGAAGAAUCUGCCAAAAUUUCUCAGAAAAAAAAGGAUCUUAAUAUACAAAAUCCAUUGAACAAAGACGUUUGGAAACAUUUUGAAGGCCACAUCACAGAAGAUGGGAUAAAAAGCUUGCAAUGGUUUUUGGAUUUUGGGCCUCUUAACGAAGAGAAGGAACAAGAAGUUCUCCACUCUCCGCAAUACUUUGCCUGGUUAGAAGCACACCCAGAAUAUCAUCAAAAUCCGGAGAAUAGUAAUAUAUUUGUAGAUGCGCAUAUUACCUCUACGCCUGUUAUUGCUGACAUAAAUGACGAUGGAAAUAUGGACAUAGUAGUUGUUGUUAAUUACUAUUUUGAUGAGGGCACGUCGGCUUAUCCCAAGAUAGACGGGCUUCUAGAUGUGGAUCUCAGGAACUGUUCAGCUUCAGGAGUUGUCGUAUUUGAUCUAAAAAAGAUGCAAAUACUAUGGCAAUCACCCAUAGAACUGUCCAAGAAAUCGCUUUUUGAUGCGAGCAUUACUUUUUCUCCUACAGUAAUUGAUCUCGAUGAGGAUGGAAAGCUAGAAACCGUUGUUGGAACUGGAUUAGGAUCUAUUUACGUUCUGGAUUCUAAUGGCAAUCUAAAGCGUUUACUGAAGACAGGUCUAUUCAACAUUGAAUGCGGAGUUUUGGCCGAAGAUCUCAAUAACGAUGGAAAGAUAGAUUUUCUUGUCAUGGAUACCGAUGGAAACGUGAUGUGUUUAGAGCCUAAUGGAAAUGAAAUUUGGAGACGUAAAUUGAUGAGUGCGUCCAAGUAUCCUCCAGUUUUGGGGGACUUGAACGGAGAUGGAGAACUGGAUGUUGCUAUUGUUUCUAAAAUGGGCUAUGUUUGGAUAUGUCAUGCCAAAACUGGAUAUACUUUGAACGGCUUUCCUCAAAAGCUCGACAGCACAAUUUUUACUGCGCCCAUUCUACUUCCUCUAUCAAGUAAAUUUAGUCGCCUUUCUGCAUGGAAGCAAAAAGACGGGCUAUCAAUUGUUGUUCAUGGCCUAAACGGGUGCACGUAUAUUAUUAACGGAAAAUCUGGGUGCAUCUAUUCUAUCGAUCUAGGAGAACCCUCCUCCUCAAUGGUAUUAGCAGACACUCUAACUCAGUACAAAAACAUAAAUAUUUUAAUCGCUACAUCACAUGGCCGCGUUCACUGUUUAACAAUUGAUCAGUCGAAUGCGGACAGCAAUAUUAGAUGGACUUCUCAACUUAACGGAAGAAAUAGCUUCACAGUAUCCUCACGUCAAGGCAUUCGCGUUUCGAAGAAAACAAGGUCAAAAUCUAAGGUGUCCGGAAACACAUUUGAAAUAAGCUUUGAAAUUAUCGACGAGCGACAAUACCGGGGGCCCAAUGCAAGUUAUAUGGUUCGUCUAUGGCUAGGAAGUGAACUUUUAACAUUAAAGAGGUACACUACUCCAGGUACUUAUACAGAACAUUUGCAGCCUCCAAAGCAUCCAAUUUCUGCUUCUCUCAAGUUAGAAAUGGUCAACGAACAUGGACAGGCGUUCUUCGAUGACUGGUUCAUAAGUUUCAAUGUAAAUUUUUAUGAAACUUUAAAGUGGGUAUUAGUGAUUCCAUUUCUAAUGAUGAGUCUAUCCAUAGUAUUUACAAAAGAAAAGAUCGACGUCUUAAUUUAAAACUGAGUGCAUUUUAUGCCCAGCACAUCAAUAAUAAGUGGGCAUAAUUGCGCCUAUAUUAACUAAUUCCAUAAAAAUUUUCAAAGGUUUAGAAGACGGACUAUUUAGAACUGCUGCUCGCUUCCUGGAUUUUGAAAGCAGGCAUAUAAUAAAUCCUUCCAUUGAAACUAGAAAAUGCAGUUUGGAUUAUAUUAUAAUCAAGUGUGAAUAACGCUCAUACCAGUGUUUGAAAUAUAGCGCAAGAAGAUAGGUUGGAAGCGAGAGCGUAAUAUGUUGUCUUUUGAGUUCUGCUGAUUCUACGUUUAACAUCUAUGCUUUCAACCAGAACAGAGGUCUACUUCUAUAGUACCAGGAUUUUUCAAUGUGACAAAUCUUAUAUUAACUUGAAUGACGACUAUACCAGCAGCGAGUGUUAUGAAGAAAUAGAAAAUGAAGAGGAGUUUUGCGAAAAUUCAUCUGAUGGCUCAGAAGCAGCGCCGCUUGCCGAAAGUGCACAAGAUGUUGAAAAUGAUGAGCAACUAGAAGAAUUGUCAGCUGAAGAAUUAGAAAGGAGAACAGGACUAGCUGAGGAAUACAAACAGGCAGGGAACGAGUUUUAUACGAAUAAAAACUAUGAAAAUGCAAUACAAAAAUACACCGAGGCCCUUGAGGUUGCCCCUAAAAUGUCUACUAUCAGAUCUGUUAUUUUAUCGAACAGAGCUGCCUGUCACGUUGUGCUGGCAGAUUGGGAUUCUGUCAUCAAAGAUACGACUGCAGCUAUUAAGAUUGAUCCGAACCACCUUAAGUCAUUAGCGCGCCGUGCACUGGCCUAUGAAGAACAGAGUAAGUUUCAGGAAGCCAUUGAUGACAUAAAUAAGCUUAUACAGCUAGACGCCGAUUGCAAGCCAAAAUAUGCAUAUAAGUUGCAGGUUUUAGAAAAAAAACUUCAAGAAAAAAGACAGAAAGAACAGGAAGAGAUGAUCGGGCAGAUGAAGGAUAUGGGAAACAAAUUUCUAGGAUUAUUUGGCCUUUCUCUCGAUAACUUCAAGGCAGAGAAAAACCCAGAAAAUGGAUCAUACAAAAUUAGCUUUCAAAAAUAGUUUAUAAUUUAGACUUUGUCGUCAUUCUAUUCUGAAAAUUUCCAACUGUUACAAAUUUCAGGCUCGAGAACCGGUGGAUUGCUGUUCAUGAAAAUCCACGAAUAUGAGGCCUAUAUUCACGUUUCUUACUGCGGCCGCCGCUUUUUUGGUUCUAGUAUAUACCUCAAAGAAAUGGUCGGAGGUAGAAUAAUCUUGUUUUCCAGACAGAAAAAAUAGCACCUAUGUUGUUGUCUUCCAUUCCACAUUGAAAAUUUUAAUAAACAAAGCCCAUACUGAACUGUA